GUGUCUGGAUGACUUUGAAAAGCCGCUUUUUGGUCAAGCCGACUGGCAAUGUCCGAUAUGCAACGAUUUGGAAAUGUCAAAACAUGAUUUUGAGGGAAAACAAUCGAUUUUGGAUUUGCUGAAAUACACAAUGGACGAUAUUUUGAUGAAUCCUACUUUCCAAAACUUGCAGUCCGAGUUGGAAAUAAUGACCAACAUAAGCAAUCCCAUUGACUUGCUCGAAAUGAAAAAGAAAGCCGAAGAUCAACUCUACGAUAGUUUUGUGGAAUUCAUCGUUGACGCCGAACGUAUUUGGCACAACAUCAAGAUACUUGGCCGAAUCUCAUUGGCAUCACUAUGUGACAUUGCGAAAAAUUUGGUGGCAUAUUGCCGAGCUCAAGUCGAGAAUAUCGAAAAAGGUUGUGCUGAAUGUUAUGAAAACCAGCACAAACAUACGAAAAUGUGGCAGCUAAUGGUAUGCAGCAAGCCACAUAUCGUGCUAUGGACACGUGGCUUGAAUUGCCGCAAGUACUGGCCAGUCAAACUGAUCAGCCUCGUAAAUGGUGAUCAAUUCAAAGUCAUUCGCUUUGACGGUGACAAUUCGGAUUUCGUCAACAUUUCGGCAGAGAAUUGCUAUUUGUACUCGAGAGAGGCUCCGGCAUAUGACAAAUUCAACGUGGAAAGCGUAUUGAAGGAAGUGAAGGCAUACACAACAAACGCCGGUAAAAAGUUUGGUGCUUUCCGAUUGGCCAAGAAAGGAACUCGAUUCUAUGGAAAUCGACUGACAAAACACAUGAAAUCAAUGUAUCCGAAAUACAUUGACACAUCUUCGGAUGACCAAGAUCCACCAAGCCCACAAUGCCAAGAUGAAAACACUGGCAGUAGCGAAAUGGAUAGCGACGAAACGUACUCUACGAGUAGCUUCAGCGAUGAGAGUAACAGUAAUGAUGACUAUGAUAGUGCUAGUGGCGAUGAAAGCUACAGCCCUGACAGCAGUGAAAAUGAUAAUGCCAUCGGAGUCGAGAGCAAAAAUACAGUUCGGAAACCACGAAAGUCGGCCCCAAAAAGAAAAAGCACAGCACAGAAAAAAGUCCUUACAAACGCGAAUGGUGACAACGUUAGCGUUGAAACCGACAUUGAUCUCGAAAUUCCACUCAAGAAACAGCGCGUCUCAUCGAAAAAUAGCGAUGAUGUUGUGGAAAGAUACAUUGAACACGAUCACCAAUAUGGCAUGACCGUUGCAAAUGAUUCAGGUUUCGUCGAGUCCAGUUCACCAUCGAUCGUCGAAUCUCCGCCCCGUGUUGCCGCUUCAUUUGUUCAGGAAUUGGUACACUCUUUCCAUAGUGAAAUGGCACAAAUGUCUCAAACCAUGGAAACCAGUGCCACGCAUUUCGAAAAGAUAGUCGAGGUGAAAUUCGCAGCCUUGCAAAAUGAUUUGAAAACAUCGCAAGAGAAAUACGCUGCAUACGAAAGUAUGAUCCAAGACUUGAACGAUAAAAUACAAGCACUUACAUCGGAAGUGGUGCGAGAAAGGGAAGAAGCAGAGCAAGCAUUGACCAAUGCGGCAAUUGUACACGCCAACGAAAUGGCCAAAUUGAAAGAGUCACACGAGCAAGCGAUGGCGGAAAAGGAAGUCAUUCAAAAUGAACAGCAAAAACCAGACGAAUCCAAUGAUUACGACUGUUUGAAAGACGAGCUGCAAGAAUUAUCGGAACAUGUGAAAAAUAUUACAGCCAAACAUGAGGAUGUGUUGGCCAGAAUGCGAAACGAUCACGCCGUCGAUAUGGAAGAUAUGAAUCACUUACGCGAAGAAACUCAAAAUGAAAAUCAAACGGUUAUUGAGCAAUUGCAGGCAAAAAUUCAAGCCAUGACCGCUGAGAAUAUGAACGCGAAAAAUGCGGUGGCCAAAACAAACGAGGAGAUGAAACGUUUGAAAGAAAAGCACAAGAAAUCGUUGAAAAAAGUACGCGCAAAUCUUGAGGUGGGCCAUCAGAAAAUGAUGAAGGAGCUUAAAGAAAAAAUGGAAGAAGAGCAGCAAGCUUGGUUGGAUGCCAUUCGCGAACAACAUCAAAAGGACCUGGAGGAGGAAACAAAAUGCGCCAUUGAUGACUUCAAGUCGAAAUUUAAAGCUCUUUUCAUUGAAAAUGAGUGAAGGUACUUAUGUCAUUUGGAGACAGAGUGGUUCUUUUUUCAGUUA